AUGAUUCCUGCCAGGCUUGCGAGAGUGCUGCUUGCUUUGGCCCUCACCUUGCCAGGGACCCUUUGCACAGAGGCGACUCAUGGCAGGUCGUCGAUGGCCCGCUGCAGCCUCUUUGGAGCUGACUUCAUCAACACCUUUGAUGAGAGCAUGUACAGCUUUUUGGGAGACUGCAGUUACCUCCUGGCUGGGGACUGCCAGAAACACUCCUUCUCGCUCAUCGGGGACUUCCAAAAUGGCAAGCGAAUGAGCCUCUCCGUGUAUCUUGGGGAAUUUUUUGACAUCCAUUUAUUUGUCAAUGGUACUGUGCUACAGGGGGACCAGAGCGUGUCCAUGCCCUAUGCCUCCAAAGGGCUGUAUCUAGAAACUGAGGCUGGGUACUACAAGCUGUCCAGUGAGACCUAUGGCUUUGUGGCCAGGAUCGAUGGCAGCGGCAACUUUCAAGUCCUGCUGUCAGACAGAUACUUCAACAAGACCUGUGGGCUGUGUGGUGACUUUAAUAUCUUUGCUGAAGAUGACUUUAGGACUCAAGAAGGGACCUUGACCUCAGACCCCUAUGAGUUUGCCAACUCCUGGGCCCUGAGCAGCGGAGAACAGCGGUGCAAACGGGCUUCCGCUCCCAGCAUCCGAUGCAACGCCUCCUCUGAGGAAAUGCAGAAGGGCCUGUGGGAGCAGUGCCAGCUUUUGAAGAGUGCCUCAGUGUUCGCCCGCUGCCACCCUCUGGUGGACCCCGAGCCUUUUGUGGCCCUGUGUGAAACGACUCUGUGUACGUGUGCCCAGGGCAUGAGGUGCCCGUGUGCUGCCCUCCUGGAGUACGCUCGGGCCUGUGCCCAUCAGGGCAUGGUGUUGUAUGGCUGGACCGUGCACAGCGAAUGCCGACCGGCGUGCCCUGCUGGCAUGGAGUACAAAGAGUGUGUGUCUCCUUGCACCAGAAACUGCCAGAGCCUUCACAUCAAUGAAGUAUGUCAGGAGCAAUGUGUGGAUGGCUGCAGCUGCCCUGAAGGACAGCUCCUUGACGAAGGCCGCUGUGUGGAAAGUACCGAGUGUUCCUGUGUGCAUUCUGGGAAGCGGUACCCUCCAGGCGCCUCCCUCUCGCGAGACUGCAACACCUGCAUUUGCCGAAAUAGCCUGUGGAUCUGCAGCAAUGAAGAAUGCCCAGGAGAGUGUCUUGUCACAGGACAGUCCCACUUCAAGAGCUUUGAUGACAGGUACUUCACCUUCAGUGGGGUCUGCCAGUACCUGUUGGCCCGGGACUGCGAAGACCACUCCUUCUCCAUUGUCAUAGAGACUGUGCAGUGUGCUGAUGACCCCGAUGCUGUCUGCACCCGCUCAGUCACUGUCCGCCUGCCCAGCCCGCACAGCAACCUUGUGAAGCUGAAGCAUGGGGGAGGGGUUGCCGUGGACGGCCAGGACAUCCAGAUCCCCCUCCUGCAAGGUGACCUUCGCAUCCAGCACACCAUGAUGGCCUCCGUGCGCCUCAGCUAUGGGGAGGACCUGCAGGUGGACUGGGACGGCCGAGGGAGGCUGCUGGUGAAGCUGUCCCCAGUGUACGCGGGGAGGAUGUGCGGCCUGUGUGGGAACUACAAUGGCAACAAGGGCGACGACUUCCGCACCCCCGCGGGCCUGGUGGAGCCCCUGGUGGAGGACUUUGGGAACGCCUGGAAGCUGCACGGGGACUGUGAGGACCUGCGGAAGCAGCCCAGCGACCCGUGCAUCCUCAACCCGCGCCUGACCAAGUUCGCGGAGGAGGCUUGCGCUCUUCUGACGUCCUCCAAGUUCGAAGCCUGCCACCAUGCGGUGGCCCCGCUGCCCUACCUGCAGAACUGUCACUACGAUGUCUGCUCCUGCUCCAACGGCAGGGACUGCUUGUGCAACGCGGUGGCCAACUACGCCGCCGCCUGUGCCCGGAAGGGCGUGCACGUCGCGUGGCGGGAGCCCAGCUUCUGUGCGCUGAGCUGCCCGCAGGGCCAGGUGUACCUGCAGUGUGGGAUCCCCUGCAACCUGACCUGCCGCUCCCUGUCCCACCCGGACGAGGAAUGCAACGAGGUCUGCUUGGAGGGCUGCUUCUGCCCCCCAGGGCUCUACCUGGAUGAGAGGGGAGACUGUGUGCCCAAGGCCCAGUGCCCCUGUUACUAUGAUGGUGAGAUCUUCCAGCCCGAAGACAUCUUCUCAGACCAUCACACCGUGUGCUACUGUGAGGAUGGCUUCAUGCGCUGCACCACGAGUGGAGCCCCGGGAAGCCUGUUGCCACAAACUGUCCUCAGCAGUCCCCUGUCUCACCGCAGCAAAAGGAGCUUGUCCUGCCGGCCGCCCAUGGUCAAGUUCGUGUGUCCUGCUGACAACCCACGAGCUGAAGGGCUGGAGUGUGCCAAAACCUGCCAGAACUACGACCUGGAGUGUAUGAGCAUAGGCUGCGUCUCCGGCUGCCUCUGCCCCCAGGGCAUGGUCCGGCAUGAAAACAGAUGUGUGGCCCUGGAAAGGUGUCCUUGCGUCCAUCAAGGCAAAGAGUACGCCCCGGGAGAGACCGUGAAGAUUGACUGCAACACUUGUGUCUGUCGGGACCGGAAGUGGAACUGCACAGACCACGUAUGUGAUGCCACGUGCUCCACGAUUGGCAUGGCCCACUACCUCACCUUCGACGGGCUCAAAUAUAUGUUCCCCGGGGAGUGCCAGUACGUUCUGGUGCAGGAUUACUGUGGCAGUAACCCUGGGACCUUCCGGAUCCUGGUGGCGAAUGAGGAGUGCGGCUACCCGUCAGUGAAAUGCAAGAAGCGGGUCACCAUCUUGGUGGAAGGAGGAGAGAUUGAACUGUUUGAUGGGGAGGUCAAUGUGAAGAGGCCCAUGAAGGAUGAAACUCACUUUGAGGUGGUAGAGUCUGGCCGGUACAUCAUUCUGCUGCUGGGCAAGGCUCUCUCUGUGGUCUGGGACCGCCAUCUGGGCAUCUCUGUGGUCCUGAAGCAGACAUUCCAGGAGCAGGUGUGCGGCCUCUGUGGGAAUUUUGAUGGCAUCCAGAACAACGACUUCACCAGCAGCAAUCUCAGAGUGGAGGAGGACCCCGUGGACUUCGGGAAUUCCUGGAAAGUGAGCCCGCAGUGUGCCGACACCAGGAAAGUGUCAUUGGACUCAUCCCCUGCCACCUGCCACAACAACAUCAGGAAGCAGACGAUGGUGGAUUCCUCCUGUCGGAUCCUCACCAGUGACAUUUUCCAGGACUGCAACAAGCUGGUGGAUCCUGAGCCAUUCCUGGAUGUUUGCAUCUAUGACACCUGCUCUUGUGAGUCCAUUGGGGACUGUGCCUGCUUCUGUGACACCAUCGCUGCCUAUGCCCAUGUGUGUGCCCAGCACGGCAAGGUGGUGACCUGGAGGACAGCCACGUUGUGCCCACAGAGCUGUGAGGACAGGAAUCUCCGGGAGAAUGGGUAUGAGUGUGAGUGGCGCUAUAACAGCUGCGCUCCCGCCUGUCCUGUCACGUGCCAGCACCCCGAGCCACUGGCGUGCCCUGUGCAGUGUGUGGAGGGCUGCCAUGCGCACUGCCCUCCAGGGAAAAUCCUGGAUGAGCUUUUGCAGACCUGCAUCUACCCCGAAGAUUGCCCCACAUGUGAGGUGGCCGGCCAACGCUUAGCCCCUGGAAAGAAAAUCACCUUGAACCCCAGUGAUCCUAAGCACUGUCAGAUCUGUCACUGCGAUGGUGUUAACCUCACCUGUGAAGCCUGCGGGGAACCUGGAGGCCUAGACGUGCCCCCCACGGAAGUCCCAGGCAGCCCCACCACCCCGUAUGUGGAGGACACCCCGGAGCCGCCCCUGCACGACUUCUACUGCAGCAAGCUGCUGGAUCUGGUCUUCCUGCUGGACGGCUCCAACAAGCUGUCCGAGGCCGAGUUCGAGGUGCUGAAGGUCUUUGUGGUGGGCAUGAUGGAGCGCCUGCACAUCUCCCAGAAGCGGAUCCGCGUGGCUGUGGUGGAGUAUCAUGACGGCUCUCACGCCUACCUCGAGCUCAGGGAGCGGAAGCGGCCCUCAGAGCUACGGCGUAUCGCCAGCCAGGUGAAGUACGCGGGCAGCUCGGUGGCCUCCACCAGUGAGGUCCUCAAGUACACGCUCUUCUAAAUCUUCAGCAAGAUCGACCGCCCCGAGGCCUCCCGCAUUGUCCUGCUCCUCACGGCCAGCCAGGAGCCCCCGAAGCUGGCCCGGAACUUGGUCCGCUAUGUCCAGGGCCUGAAGAAGAAGAAGGUCAUCGUGGUCCCAGUGGGCAUUGGGCCCCACGCCAACCUCAAGCAGAUCCGCCUCAUCGAGAAGCAGGCCCCCGAGAACAAGGCCUUUGUGCUCAGUGGUGUGGACGAGCUGGAGCAGCGGAGGGACGAGAUUAUCAGCUACCUCUGUGACCUUGCCCCUGAAGUGCCCGGCCCUACUCAGCCCCCACCUGUGGCCCAAGUCACCAUGGGUCCAGAGCUCUUGGGGGUUUUGUCCGAGGGACCCAAGAGAAACUCCAUGGUUCUGGACGUGGUGUUUGUUCUGGAGGGGUCGGACAAAAUCGGCGAGGCCAAUUUCAACAGGAGCAAGGAGUUCAUGGAGGAGGUGAUCCAGCGGAUGGAUGUGAGCCAGGACAGCAUCCACGUCAUGGUGCUGCAGUACUCCUACGUGGUGACCGUGGAGUCCACCUUCCUUGAGGCACAGUCCAAGGGGGACAUCCUGCAGCGGGUGCGGGAGAUCCGCUACCGGGGCGGCAACAGGACCAACACGGGGCUAGCCCUGCAGUACUUGUCUGAACACAGCUUCUCCGCCAGCCAGGGGGACCGGGAGCAGGCGCCUAACCUGGUCUACAUGGUCACGGGGAACCCCGCCUCCGACGAGAUCAAACGGAUGCCUGGAGACAUCCAGGUGGUGCCCAUUGGAGUGGGUCCUCAGGCUGACGUGCAGGAGCUGGAGAGGAUCGGCUGGCCCAAUGCCCCCAUCCUCAUCCAGGACUUUGAGACACUCCCCCGAGAGGCUCCAGAUCUGGUGCUGCAGAUGUGCUGCUCUGGAGAGGGGCUGCAGAUCCCCACCCUCUCCCCCGCCCCAGACUGUGGCCAGGCCCUGGAUGUGGUCCUUCUCCUGGACGGCUCCUCUGGCUUUCCAGCUUCUGAAUUUGACGAAAUGAAGAGUUUUGCCAAGGCUUUCAUUUCAAAAGCCAAUAUAGGGCCUCAGCUCACGCAGGUGUCAGUGCUGCAGUAUGGAAGCAUCACCACCAUCGACGUGCCGUGGAACGUGGCCCAGGAGAAGGCCCAUUUACUGAGCCUCGUGGACUUUAUGCAGCGGGAGGGAGGCCCCAGCCAAAUUGGGGAUGCGUUGGGCUUUGCUGUGCGAUACAUCACUUCUGAAAUCCAUGGUGCCAGGCCUGGAGCCUCUAAGGCAGUGGUCAUCCUGGUCACGGAUGUCUCUACGGAUUCAGUGGCUGCAGCAGUCGAUGCCGCCAGAUCCAACCGAGUGACGGUGUUCCCCAUUGGAAUUGGGGAUCGGUACGACAUGGCCCAGCUGAGGAUCUUAGCAGGCCCAGACGCCAGCUCCAACAUAGUGAAGCUCCAGCGAAUCGAAGACCUCACCCCCCUGGUCACCUUGGGCAAUUCCUUCCUCCACAAGCUGUGUUCUGGGUUCGUUAGAGUUUGCAUGGAUGAGAAUGGGAAUGAGAAGAGGAAUUUCUUCGGUUUUUAUGACCUUGAUGUUUUGAAAAGAGUUUGGGUAAUGUCACAUCUCUCCUUCGCUCUCCCCUGUCUAGGUGUGUGCAUGGGCAGCUCUACCCGGCACAUCGUGACCUUUGAUGGGCAGAAUUUCAAGCUGACUGGCAGCUGUUCAUAUGUUCUGUUUCAAAACAAGGAGCAGGACCUGGAGGUGAUUCUCCAUAAUGGAGCCUGCAGCCCUGGAGCACGGCAGGCCUGCAUGAAAUCCAUUGAGGUGAAACAUAAUGGUCUCUCAGUUGAGCUCCACAGCGACAUGGAGGUGGGGGUGAAUGGGAGGUUGGUCUCUGUCCCUUACGUGGCUGAGGACAUGGAUGUCAACAUCUACGGUGCUAUCAUGUAUGAGAUCAGAUUCCAUCGUCUAGGCCACAUCUUCACAUUUACUCCACAAAACAAUGAGUUCCAGCUGCAGCUUAGCCCAAGGACCUUUGCUUCCAAGAUGUAUGGUCUCUGUGGAACCUGUGAUGAGAAUGGAGCCAAUGACUUCAUGCUGAAGGAUGGCACGGUCACCACAGACUGGAAAACACUCAUCCAGGAAUGGACUGCACAGCAGCCGGGGAGGUUGUGCCAGCCUGUGGCUGAGGAGCAGUGUCCUGUGUCCAGCAGCUCCCACUGCCAGGUCCUCCUCUCGGCACUGUUUGCUGAGUGCCACAAGGUCCUUGCUCCAACCACGUUUUAUGACAUCUGUCAGCAGGAUAGUUGUCACCAGGAGCAAGUGUGUGAGGCAAUUGCCUCUUAUGCCCACCUCUGUCGGAACAAUGGGGUCUGUGUUGACUGGAGGACAACUGAUUUUUGUCCCAUGUCGUGCCCACCGUCCCUGGUGUACAACCACUGUGAGCAUGGCUGCCCCCGGCACUGUGAGGGUAAUACGAGCUCCUGUGGGGACCACCCCUCAGAAGGCUGCUUCUGCCCCUCACACCAAGUCAUGCUGGAAGGCAACUGUGUCCCCGAGGAGGCCUGCACCCAGUGUGUUGGCGAGGAUGGAGUCCGGCACCAGUUACUAGAAACCUGGAUUCCUGACCACCAGCCCUGCCAGAUCUGCACGUGCCUCACAGGGCGGAAGGUCAACUGCACGUCACACCCCUGCCCCACGGCCAGAGCUCCCACAUGUGGCCCUUGCGAAGUGGCCCGCCUUCACCAGAAUGCAGACCAGUGCUGCCCAGAGUAUGAGUGUGUGUGUGACCUGGUGAGCUGUGACCUGCCCCCGGUGCCUCACUGUGCAGGAGGUCUCCAGCCAAUACUGACCAAUCCCGGCGAGUGCAGACCCAACUUCACCUGCGCCUGCAGGAAGGAGGAAUGCAAAAGAGAGUCCCCACCCACCUGCCCCCCACACCGGACGCCCAUUCUUCGGAAGACCCCGUGCUGUGAUGAAUAUGAGUGUGCUUGCAACUGUGUUAACUCCACGGUGAGCUGCCCACUGGGGUAUCUGACCUCAGCUAUCACCAAUGACUGCGGCUGCACCACGACCACCUGCCUCCCUGACAAGGUUUGCGUCCACCGAGGCACCGUCUACCCUGUGGGCCAGUUCUGGGAGGAGGGCUGCGAUGCGUGCACGUGCACUGACAUGGAGGAUGCAGUGAUGGGCCUGCGUGUAGCCCAGUGUUCUCAGAAGCUCUGCGAAGAAAGCUGCCAAUCGGGCUUCACUUAUGUCCUCCAUGAAGGCGAGUGCUGUGGAAGGUGCCUGCCAUCUGCCUGUGAGGUGCUGAUCGGCUCACCACGGGGGGACUCCCAGUCUUACUUGAAGAACGUUGGCUCCCACUGGGCCGUCCCAGGGAAACCCUGCCUCAUCAAUGAGUGUGUCCGCGUGAAGCAGGAGGUCUUCGUGCAACAGAGGAACGUCUCCUGCCCUCAGCUGGAUGUCCCCACCUGCCCCACGGGCUUCCAACUGAGCUGUAAGACCUCGGAGUGUUGUCCCACCUGUCACUGCGAACCCGUGGACGCCUGCAUACUCAAUGGCACCAUCAUUGGGCCUGGGAAGAGUCUGAUGAUUGAUGUGUGCACGACUUGCCACUGCACCGUCCAGGUGGGGACCAUCUCUGGAUUCAAGCUGGAGUGCAGGAAGACCACUUGCGAGGCCUGCCCCGUGGGUUACAAGGAAGAGAAGAUCCAAGGCGAGUGCUGUGGGCGAUGUCUGCCUAUGGCUUGCACCAUUCAGCUAAGGGGAGGACAGAUCAUGACACUGAAGCGUGAUGAGACACUCCAGGAUGGCUGUGACAGUCACUUCUGCAAGGUCAACGAGAGAGGAGAGUACAUCUGGGAGAAGAGGGUCACAGGCUGCCCGCCCUUCAAUGAGCACAAAUGUCUGGCUGAGGGAGGGAAAAUCAUGAAAAUUCCAGGCACCUGCUGUGACACAUGUGAGGAGCCUGACUGCAAGGAUAUCACUGCCAGUCUGCAGUAUGUUAAAGUGGGAAACUGUAGGUCCGAAGAGGAAGUGGACAUUCAUUACUGCCAGGGUAAAUGUGCCAGCAAAGCCGUGUACAACAUCGACACUGAGGAUGUGCAGGAACAGUGCUCCUGCUGCUCGCCGACGCGGACGGAGCCCAUGCAGGUGGCCCUGCACUGCGCCAACGGCUCCGUUGUCUACCACGAGGUCCUCAACGCCAUGCAGUGCAGAUGCUCCCCCAGGAAGUGCAGCAAGUGAGGCCACUGCCGCCAUUGCUGUGGGGGCCCCGCUGCCGCCUGCCUCGGCCCCACCGGCCAGAGUGCUGCCCCGUCCUCUUGUAUGCUCUGCUAUUGUGCCCUUCUGAGCCCACAAUAAAGGCCAA